AUGGAAAACAAAAUUAACAUUUUAUGGAAAUGGUGGACGGCAGCACAAGAGGAGCAAAAGGAAGCAGAACAAAAAAACGAAAAAAAGGAAGAGCAACAAACACAAUAUCAAGAUGCAGAAGAAAUGAACAUUAAGGAAGAGGAAAUUCCUUUGACAACAUACAAGGCGAUUAAUGACGAAGUGGCAGAAAGACAAGACAAACUAGAAAAACAAAUAGAGCAGAUAGGAAGAAUGUUAAUGGAAUUGUUGAAAAAUGGCCAGGCUGCAAUUGUAAAAAAGAAGCAACAGUCGCAUGGACAAUAG